AUGGCACCUACUAUAGGGAAACGAAAGCGCAUCACGCGCGAAGAGCUUGAGCAGUCAUCACGUGCGUCAUCGCCUUCCUCGACGUCACAGCAUUCGGACGGAGAAGACAUGCAAGCCCUCUUCCGCAAAGCCUUCGAAGCGAAAUUCGCACCCUUGAAUAUCGAGCCCGUACAGAAAGCUCAGAAGAUGGAAGCACCAGCAGAUGACCUUGACGAAGAAUCAGACUGGUCCGGCAUCAGCUCCGAGGACGAAAAUGAAACCUCAAACGGUAUACAAGUCUUCGACCAUAGCUCUGCCCACCAGCCGCGCACCAAAGCCCCCAAAACCGAGCUUCGCGCCUUCAUGUCCGCCAAGCCGCCCUCGCUCUCCGUCUCGACCGCCGCAAAACCCGCACCGAAGCCGAAGAAGGAGGAUGAUUCCGUAGAGGCUGCGCACAUGAAGAACGAUCUUGAGCUCCAGAAGUUGCUGCGCGAGUCGCACAUCCUAUCUUCGAACGCGCCUACUUAUUCGACGCGCACCGGCAACACCCGCGAAACCAACGAUGCUCGACACAAGUUGACGGAUCUGCAUAUUCAAUCGCUAGGCGCGAAGAAGUCCAUCUUCGCACAGAAGAGCAUGCCCAUGUCGCAUCGCAAGGGUAUAAAUGCCAAGACCAAGAUGCGCGAUAACAAGAGACGGGCGGAGGCGAAGGAGAACGGUAUCACACUAGAGAAGGAGCAGAAGGUCAGGAAGGCAGUCGGCAAGAGAGACAGAGGUGUUGGAGCUCCGAGUGUGGGCAAAUUUAAGGGCGGAACGUUGACGUUGAGCAAGAAGGAACUGAGAGGUUUGACGAGCAGUGCAGGAGACAAGUCAAAGGGCAAGAAGGGAAGGCGGCGAUGA